AUGAGUUCCCAUCUACCAAGCCACUGGUCUGUGAGAACACCUGAAAACGACUCGGACGUGGUGCAUUCGCCAUUGAGACUAGGCUGGAGAGCGGAGAUGGCAAACCAGGAAGCUCCGCAGCGUCGAAAAAGUGCCAAGCAGCGGGCCGUCAAUGUCUCCUCCAGUGAGAACAUCAAGGUUGGAGAAGGCUAUGGAAAGCUGUGGGCUGGCAAAGAUGCCACCUAUGCGUUGGCCGUCCUCUCACUGAAGCCGGAAGAUGCCAACAAGUUGGACUUCACCCUGGAGCAAUUUACUGAUGAGCAGCGCACUGCGCUCGCUGGCUGGUACAAACACUUCACUGCAAGGUAUCCAGUCGUUGGAAGACUUCAAGAGUACGAUGGGUGGGACUUCUCUGCCAUCGAAAAGGAGGCAGAAAAGCAAAGACCGUUUGGUCUGAAGGAAGACCAAGCAGAGAAGAAGGAAGAACCUGUGAUGUUGAGAGCUGGCGACAAGGUAAAGUUGCAUGGCUUAGAUGAUGAGAAGCUGAAUGGCAAGAUCGGAGUUUUGCGUACGCUUGUGGCAAGCACUGGAAAAUUUGCCAUCGAGCUUGAUGGCAAUGAUGCUCGUCUGACCUCCAUGCAGGCCUAUGAGCGAAAUCCGAUUCAACCUGGACAGCAAGUUCUUGUGGUGGGAGCGUCAGGUGGCUGCGGUCAAUUUGGAGUUAGCCUGGCGGGUGCGAUGGGAGCAAAUGUUGACAUGGACUCGUUGAUUUCGAUUGGCCAACGUUUUGACAUGAUCUAUGACACCGUGUCCAGCAAUGCUCCAGAGGAUCCGAACUACGAGCCAGUCCUGAGGAACAGCACUGCAGAUGCCGCAGCUAGCCCGGUGCAGGUUCAGGAACAGCACAUGCUGGUUCAGAAGCUACCCAUAGCUGCAGAUGUGUGUGUGAUUGGUGGCGCACAGAGUGCGAGCGAGAUUGAGUGUAAGAGGCUUCUUAUUUGCACUGGAUCUGCCCAGAAGCGCUCUGCCCAAGCAUUGCUUCAAGAUGCAGGCGCCACGAUUUGCCCAGUGGCACCGCUGUGGGUGACGUAUCACCAUGGCCUGGUGUACUUCCUGCCCGCCUGUGGCAACAACUUCUACGAGAUGCAGAUUCUCAGGAUGUUGGCCGCUUUCCGUGGCCGUGGUCUUCGGGCGCUGCGUGCGCUGCCGCCAUGUACGAGAGGUGCCUUGCAUUGGCGACAUGGUGGCAUUCCCUCAGGGGUUGGGAUUUCAAACGUGGGAACACGUUCGCCCCAUGAUCUUCUCACAGAGCUCAGCUCAAUCUUUGCCAAAGAAGGCGUGACCACUCUAUCAUCCCUUUCCGCCACGUGGUUUGCGAAGGCCGACCAAAAUGUGUCCAAAGGAUUGGAUCCUGAGGAGUUUCGAGAGACGAUGGCCAGUGUGGGCUUGAAGCUCAACGACUCGGAGAGUGAGUCUCUGUUUGCACAUUUCGACCUGGACAACUCAGGCAUCAUCACAUAUGGUGAAUUUGCCAAAGGUUUGCAAGGUGAGAUGCCUUCAUUCUCAGCUUCACUAGCCUUCAUGCAUCAGCAUACUGGACACUUUCCUUCGAACCACCAGCAAAUCAAAGCAGCUCGGCCGCGUUUUGAUGAGUCUGAGACUGAAGAGUGGCUUGAGUCUCUGGAUGCUGUUGUGGCAAAGCUGGGCCCAACACGCGCCCGGUUCUUGUUGCAUGACCUGAUGGAAGAGGCUGCACGACUUGGAGUGCACAUUCCUCAGCCAGUGAUCACACCAAUGGUGAACACCAUCCCCACCUCUGGAGAGCCGGACUACCCCGGUGACCGUAGCAUGGAGGAGCGUUUGUCCAACAUCAUUCGAUGGAAUGCAGCGGUCAUGGUCAGUGAUGGAAACCGACGUGGUGGUGGUGUUGGAGGUCACAUUGGCACCUUCGCAUCCAUUUGUGAUGUCAUUGAGGUGGGAAUGAAUCACUUCUUUCGCGGUAAGGACUUUGGCAACGGUCGAGGUGAUAGUGUCUGGAUGCAGGGUCAUGCAGCCCCUGGAGCCUAUUCCAGAGCCUUCGUGGAAGGUCGGCUCGGCAUAGAUGAACUCAUGAACUUUCGACGGGAAUCUGCUGGCAAAGGUGUUUCCAGUUAUCCUCAUCCUCGCUUGAUGCCCAAGUUCUGGGAGAAUCCCACAGUCUCCAUGGGCCUGGGACCUCUAGGUGCUGUCUAUCAAGCUCGUUUCUUUCGCUACUUGCACUUGCGGGGCUUGACCGACACCUCCAAGAGCCGCGUUUGGGCCUUUGUGGGCGAUGGUGAGAUGGACGAGCCCGAGUCCAUCACCGCCAUUUCCGUGGCCGGGCGCGAGCGACUGAACAACAUGAUCUUCAUCGUGAAUUGCAACUACCAACGCCUGGAUGGGCCCGUGCGUGGCAACUCCAAGGUGAUGCAAGAGUACGAAGGAACCUUCCGUGGUGCUGGCUUUGAUGUCAUCAAGCUGAUUUGGGGUGGCAAAUUCAAUGAGCUUAUAGAGCAGGAUCAUGAUGGCAAGCUGAUCGAGGCUUUGGAGAAUACAGUGGAUGGUGAUUGCCAACGACUCCAUGCCAAGGCAGAUGGUGCCCUCAUCCGGAAGGACAUCUUUGAGAAACAUGGCCUUCUGGAUCGGGUUGCUCAUUGGAGUGACGACGAGCUCUUGGAGGCUUUCCAGACUCCUGGAGGCCAUGAUCACAAGAAGAUCUAUGCCGCCUUUUCUCAGGCUGAGAAGAAUGCGGAAAUGGGAGGCCGUCCAACAGUGAUCCUGGUGAAGACGCUCAAGGGUUACAGCCUACAAACCUUCCUUGGUCGAAAUACCGUGCAUCAGAAGAAGAUGAUGUCGGACUCUGACAUGAGCCUCGGCUGUGAUGCCAUGGGCAUCCCCCUCACAGAUGAGCAGCUAAAGGCAGCAGAUGCCCAAAACUUUUUUGCACUCAAGGAGGACUCACCAGAGGUGACGUACCUCAAGCAACGACGUCAAGAACUGGGAGGUUUCCUUCCACUUCGUUCUCCAGCCAAGGUCUCUUCUUUGGUGGAACUCCCCACACACGAGACGACCUACAAUAUGUUUGACGAAGGCAGCAAAGGAAGAGAGAUAAGCACAACCAUGUGCUUUGCUCAAAUCCUUCGGAAAAUGAUGCAGGCUGGCGAGUUUGGACAGCGAGUGACGCUGAUUGUCACUGAUGAGUCCAGAACCUUUGGGAUUGACGCCUUCUUUCCGAUCUUCAAGAUACAUGCACCCUUUGGACAGAACUACACUCCUGUCGAUGCAGAUCAGGUAGGCGAUAGCAUUUGGCAAGCUGCUGAUGCGAGAGCGCGCGGCUUUCUCAUCGGCGCUACCUAUGGCCGCACCACACUGAAUGGAGAAGGGGCUCAGCAGCUGACUUGCGGCAUUUUGACCUUGCUUGUGUCCGCUGUGUUCAUCCGCUGCAGUUUGCUGCAAUAUAGGCAUUUGCAAGAGUUGAUUGCAGACGCAGCCCGCACCGUUGGCCGCUCAUAUGAUGAUGUCCGGCCCUACGUGAACCUCCUGGAGGAAAACUGGUUCGAUACAGUUGACAGCUUGAGGAGAGGGACCAUUGCAGCUCCAGAUCUUCAACAAUUAGGGCUACCUUUGCGGUUUGCACGCGAGCUUCUGUCACUGGCAGGGGCGAAAGGUGGAGCUGGUGGUGCGCCACCCCCACCACCUCCAGCUCUUGCAAAACCAGCUGCUGCAGCUGCAGGUGUACCAGCAGCCCCGCCACCUGCACCGGCGGUUCCAGCAGCUGUUCGAGUAGCUCCACCUGUUCGAGCACCUCCACCUGUUCGAGCAGCUCCAGCUGCUGUUCAAGCAGCUCCAGCUGCUGUUCAAGCAGCUCCAGCUGCUGUUCAAGCAGCUCCAGCUGCUGUUCGAGCAACUCCAGCUGUUCCAACUCCGCCAGCUCCUACUCCAAAAGCAGCCCCAGUAGUGGUUCCACCAAUUCUCGUCCCUCAACCCUUAGAGCGGCAUCGACUGCCUCAACAUCCUCAACAAGCCAAAGGGUCCAGAGGCAAAAGUGACGGGAAAGAGGAUUGGAAAGACAGGAGAGACGAGUGGAACUGGGAGAAAGGCCAAGGCCUGACCAAGGGCAAAUCAAAAAGGGACAGAGGGGGAAAAGGCAAAAGCCAGGGCAAACCUUUGGACACAGCUUCCUCACAAGUACAGGGGCUGGGGCUGCAUACACACAAAAUCUUUUUGGACAUCGACAGUCCGGAUCCUUCCUUCGGGCUCAAUGGACGUUUAAUUGGCGAAAAUGGACAGAAUGUGAAGCACAUCCAGGACAUCACCGGAGUCACCGUGCACCUUGGUGGACAAGGUAGCGGUGAUCGAGCCUCCGAACACGAACAACUGCAUGUUCUCUUGCGCAGUGGAGAUGCACCGAGUUUGGAAGAGGCCAUACGUAUCACCAACGAUCUCCUCGACACGGUUCUGGAGCAGUACACUGCGUGGCAAGGUGGGCGUGCACAAGGCCAAGAGAGCCAGAAGCCGCAGAAGGGCCCAGGCAAAUCUGGAGAUGGCCAUAAGGGGUUUGGCAAAUUGAAAGGAAAUGCGAGGCGGGGGCACUUUGCUGCUCGCAGCUGGAAUCAGAAAGGAGGCUAUGCCCACUAUCCGGAUGAGCCAGCAAACAAAAGAUCCAGGGCACAUUGA